AUGCCAGGACAGAAGAUUGAAACGGGUCACGAGGACACUGUACAUGAUGUGCAAAUGGAUUACUACGGAAAGCGAGUUGCAACUGCCUCAUCUGACUGCACCAUCAAGAUAACCGGUGUCAGCAACAGCAACGGCGCAUCGCAGCACCUAGCUACGUUGACCGGCCACCGUGGCCCUGUCUGGGAGGUCGCAUGGGCUCACCCAAAGUUCGGAUCAAUCCUAGCUUCAUGCUCCUACGAUGGUCAAGUCAUACUCUGGAAAGAAGGCAACCAAAACCAAUGGACCCAAGCUCACGUCUUCACAGACCACAAAACUUCAGUCAACUCCAUUGCUUGGGCUCCUCAUGAACUCGGACUAUCCUUGGCUUGCGGUUCAUCUGAUGGAAACAUCUCGGUUUUCACAGGCCGUGCUGACGGUGGCUGGGACACAACGAAGAUCGACCAAGCGCAUCCGGUCGGAGUCACUUCGGUCUCUUGGGCACCAGCCACAGCUCCUGGUGCUCUUGUCAGCUCCGGUUUGCUCGAUCCGGUUUACAAGCUAGCUUCUGGUGGGUGUGAUAACACCGUGAAAGUGUGGAAGCUCUCGAACGGGUCGUGGAAGAUGGAUUGCUUCCCGGCUCUUCAAAAGCACACUGAUUGGGUCCGUGAUGUGGCUUGGGCACCGAACUUGGGUCUCCCAAAGUCCACCAUAGCUAGUGGCUCACAAGAUGGGAAAGUGAUCAUAUGGACGGUGGGAAAAGAAGGUGAGCAAUGGGAAGGUAAGGUUCUCAAGGACUUUAUGACACCGGUGUGGCGGGUCUCGUGGUCGUUGACCGGUAACUUGCUGGCUGUUUCCGAUGGGAACAACAACGUGUCGGUGUGGAAAGAGGCGGUUGAUGGAGAGUGGGAACAGGUUACUGUUGUGGAGCCAUAG